ACAUUAGAGAAAAAAUAUGUAAAAUGAAACAGAUUUUAUUUGACAUUUCAGAUGCCUGGUAAGAAAUCUUACAACUGUUGUAAUUGUCCACGCGUGGUACGACAGAAAGACAGAUACAGCAUUGCAAGAAAAUACAGAGUCGUUAUCUCCAAACUAUCUGGGAGAACACCAGGUGACGAUGACUUCCUAUGCAACAGAUGUAGGUGCAUGUGUGCACGUCACAUAAAACGCAAAGGUCACAGCAUGGCGAGCACGACAGAUUGUCAAGGUGAAUCCGCACCAUCAACAUCAUCUACAACUUUAACACCUCAGUUCAGUCCACCAUCAGUAACUCUUCCUUUUCCUUGCACAUCAAGAGGACAUGCUGCAUGUUGCAUCUGCAAAAGGCCAGGACCAAAGCUAGUUGUGGUUCCAGUGGGAUUUCGUCAUCGAAUCUUUAUCACCAAAGAAGUCAUAAUUCCUGCUGGAGCUCGUUGCUGCCCAAAACACCUGCAGAGAGACAUUGAAAGUUUGAACCCAACAGCAAGAACAACAAAGUUCAAUAAAACUUCAAUAACUGAGCUGAUCAAGUUCUUAAGAACUGAGAUUAUACGAAGUGAGAAAGCAAGGCUAGAUUUUGACAGUGAAAAUCUUACAGACACUGAAUAUGUAGAUCUCCUGGGGAUAUCAAAAGCUUCUUUCAAUGACAUGAUGCUGUUUAUCGAGGGGAAAAUCAAAACAACUCCUGCUAGAACUACCAGAACCAGCCUUGCAAUCUUUUUGCUAAAAUUGAGAGGAGGGGAGUCAAACAAGAUUUUGUCCACAUUGUUUAAUAUUUCCAAAUCCAGUAUACAAAGAAGUGUGCGAGCUGUCCGCAAUAUAUUGAUGACUGGAGGUUUUGUCACAGAAAACCUUGGAUUUGGUCACAUAACACGAGAGGAGAUAAUCGAAAAGCAUACGCGACCCCUUGCCCAGACACUUUUUGGUGAUGACACAACUCAGCAAGCCAUACUUAUAUUGGAUCGGACGUACAUCUACAUCAACAAAAGUGGUAAUUUUAGAUUUCAACGUCAAUCCUACAGUCUCCACAAAGGCAGGCCACUUGUGAAACCUAUGGUCAUUGUGUCAUCGACAGGCUACUUUGUUUCUGUAUUAGGCCCUUAUAUUGCAAAAAUCAAUGAUGCCUCCAUACUCAACCACAUUUUGAAAAGAAAUAUCGUUGACAUACAGGGAUGGGUUUGCGAGGAUGAUGUAUUUGUGGUGGACCAUGGUUUCAGAGACUCCUUGGAUUACUUGGAGGAACUAGGUAUCAAGGCACAGAUGCCAUCCUUUAUGGCUCAUGGAGACAGGCAGAUGUCAACUGAAAGUGCAAAUAUUAGUCGAUUAGUGGUAGUCUUAUUUUUCAUGUGAAUUUUAGGUUUAUUUUGCAAUGCAAAGAACUUAGUUACAGAAAAAUAUAUCUUCAUAAUAUAUUUAUGUAAACAUAUUUUAAAAUCACAGAUAAGAUGGGUGGUUGAGUCAGCGAAUGGUAGGAUAAAGCAAUGGCGUUACCUUGGGAAAAUCCUGCCAACGAGCCAGGUUCCUUACAUUGGAGAUUUUGUUAGGAUUGUUUGUGCCAUCAGUAACAGGUACUUGAAAAGUAUUUCUAAUGGUAAUGCUGAAGAUGACCAGAUCCUUGGUACAAAAAUGAUUUACUUAUCAAAGCAAAUCAACACCCUUCGGCAGCAUGUUGAAGAAAACAAAUUGGAAAGACGAUCAGCUUGUUGGGAGGAAAUGGAUGAUAUCACUGACUUUCCAAACCUGGAUGAAGAGCAACUGAGGUCUCUGACAUGUGGCACGUACCAGCUGAAAUUAUCCCCAAGCUAUGCCCAGGAACAUAUUGAAGGAGAUUGUGCCAUUCAUGUCCACAAGGAGGAGCCAGGUCUAGUACGAAUCAGAAUGCAGAGUCGUCAUGUGUCAUCCAGGUCCUACCUUCUGUGGAUAAAGUAUGCAGAUGGUGCAAUAAUUGCAUGGUAUUGUAAGUGUAAGGCUGGUGCUCGUGUUGUUGGCAUGUGUGCACACAUUGCAGCCAUUCUAUGGUAUGUGGGGUAUGCAUGGCACCAACCAGUGGGGCGAAUAGGUGUGCGUGAUUGGGGGGAGUUUCUGGAAGAUGCCACUUUGGUUGAUGAGUCUGAGAGUUCCAGUGAAGGCAGUGAAAUAGAAGAGUAAAACAGUUGUACCAGAGAAGAAGAUAUUGAUUGCUGAGAGAGAGAGAGAGAGAGAGAGAGAAAGAGAGAAGAUAUUGAUUGCAGAGAGAGCGAUUUUGUAUCAUCUUAUAAGUUGUUUUUAUUUCAAACAUCAUUAUUUCCUAUAUAUUCAACUUAUAUUUAUUUGGAAGAUUCCUUCAUCUCACUUUGUGAUCAUAAGAUGAUACAAUCAAUUAUUUUUAUAUUAACAUGAGUAAUUAAAACAAUUUUCAUACUCUU